AUGGCCGACGACGCGGCCACCGCCGACGAGCACGUCACCUUCAACGUCAAGUCCUCCAGCGACGCCAAGUACACCCUCACCCUGCCCCGCACUACCACCGUAGGCGACCUGAAAUCCAAGCUCUCCUCCGCCGAAUAUGCCGACACGCCCGUCGAGCGCCAGCGCCUGAUCUAUUCCGGCCGUGUGCUCAAGGACCACGACACUCUCGACAGCACUAAGAUCAAGGAUGGCAACACGAUACAUUUGGUCAAGAGCGCUGCCAGCAACGUGCGCCAGAACCCCGCGAACCAGGGUGGCAGUGUGCCGCAAGGCACCGGUGCCGCCGGCAACGUUCCCCAGAACUUCGCCACCGGCACUGGCAACGACCCUCUGGCCGGUCUGACCGGCGCGCGCUACGCCGGCCUCAUGGGCCUCCCCGGUGCGGGCUCCUUUGGCCCUGACGGUGGUAUGGGCGCGCCCCCAGACCCCGACCAACUUCUCCGCCAGCUCGAAGACCCAAAUACUCUUCAGCUCAUGACUGAGGCCAUGAACAACCCGACGGUCAUCCAGCAUAUGCGCAACAGCCCCAUGUUCCGCAACAACCCCAUGAUGCAGCAGAUGCUUGACAACCCCGCCUUCCGCCGCAUGCUGACGGAUCCGGAGCUCAUCCGCCAGCAAAUGCAAAUGGCACGCUCCAUGGGAGGCAUGGGCGGCAUGGGUGGUAUGGGUGGUAUGGGCGAUAUGGGCGGACUUGGUGGCAUGGGCGGCAACACCGCGUUCCCCGCACCCGGCAUCACCAACACGACACCCGGCCAAGAACAGAACAACAACACGACGACGACGACCGGUGGCGCCACAACAGGCACGCCCAUCCAGCCCAACACGACGGGCCCGACGUCGCCGCCACCAAACCCCUUCGCCAUGUUCGGCGCUCCUCCGGGCGGCGCCGCCGGAGCAGACGCAGGCGCGAACCCCUUCGCGGCGCUGUUCAACCCGCCCGGCGCGGGCCAGGACAACACGGCCGGCGGCGAGGGGCGGAACAACCAGGCGAACGCGAAUCCGUUCGGAGGGCUGUUUGGCGGGGCACCGGGCGCGGGUAACCCGCUCAUGCAGAACGCGAUGCAGAACAUGAUGCAGAACCCGGAGGCGAUGCGGGCGGCGAUGCAAAUGCUGGGGAUGGGCGGGGGCGAGGGCGGCCUCGGCGGAGGAGCGGGCGCUGACGCCGGCGCUGGCGCAGGCGCCGCAGCAAACCCGUUUGCUGGCCUCUUCGGCGGGUUUCCCCCGGCUGCGGCCGCGCCCGCGGAUAACAGGCCGCCGGAGGAGCGCUACGCGGAGCAGCUGAGACAGCUGAAUGACAUGGGGUUCUUUGAGUUCGAGCGCAAUAUCCAGGCGUUGCGGCGGAGCGGGGGCAGCGUGCAGGGCGCAGUCGAGUACCUGCUUAGCGGGAACCCUUGA